GACUCUGCAGAGAGCUUUCUAAUGUUAGCGACUUCUUACAAGGUCUGUCACUGCAGGGCCCUCGGAAGCAAGCGCGGGAACGCAGAGGGCUCGGCCUGUAGCAGGCCUCGGUUUGCGCAUGUGCAGGGCUGGGCCCUCCCCGCCGGGGGCCGCCGUGGCCAAUGGGCGGGCAGAUUGUCGCGCCUGUGGCCAAUGCUGCCGCGCUUCGGCAGCGAGUUCCGUUGCCAAGGGGAGCGGCGGUGUCAGGCUGGGUGGCGAUGGAGCGCUCCAGGGACAGGGGUGUCCUCUCCAGCUGCAGCAUCUUUGAGGAUGAAUGCAUGAAACUGCGACAGCUGAAACUAGAGAAUCAGAGAGCACUUCUAGAGAAGAAGCAGAGGAGGAAACGUCUUGAUCCUUUGAUGGUACAGCCAAAUACAGAGUCAAAGCUGCGGAGGUCAAAGCCCAAAGGGUGUGAGGAACAGAUUCCUUUAGUAGAAACUCCUCUUCCUUUCCAAGACAAUGUUAUUUUACAUGGCAUUGAUGGACCAGCUGCUUUCCUGAAAUCAGAAGUGCAAAAUUUUGGGACCAGGCUCCAGACUCUACCUGCUGAAUCUUACAAAACAGAAGGCAGCACAAAUGAGGAAAAUGGUGAUGAGUCUCUAACAAACACUGCAGGAAAGCCAGAUCUCCAAGAAAUGUUGCAUAAACAAGGAAUUUCAGGGAGUUUGAAUUUUGAUGAGGAGGACACAGAAGAAGAAGAAACUAGUAGGAGACCAUCACCUCAUUCACAGUGUUCUGAAUCUGGGAGGCCUGGUUCUGAAACCAGUGAGAAAUCAUUGGCAGAAACAGGUGCUUCCUGCAGUCCAUCCCUUCAGGCAGAUACAGAACUGGGAGAAGUAGAUAACUUGGAGGAUUUUGCACUCCGCCCAGCACCUCGUGGUAUAACAGUCAAGUGUCGAAUCACUAGAGAUAAAAAGGGAAUGGAUCGAGGCCUCUUCCCUACUUAUUACAUGCAUCUGGAAAGGGAUGACAGCAGAAAGACAUUUCUUCUUGCAGGGAGAAAACGAAAAAAGAGCAAAACAUCCAAUUACCUCAUAUCAGUUGACCCAACAGAUUUAUCCCGGGAAGGGGAGAGUUUCAUUGGAAAACUCAGAUCAAAUCUCAUGGGAACUAAAUUUACAGUCUAUGACCGUGGAGUUAGCCCAGUCAAGGCACAAAGUCUGGUGGAAAAGGCUCAUACCAGACAAGAGCUUGCAGCUGUUUGUUACGAAACCAACGUGUUAGGAUUCAAGGGCCCCAGAAAAAUGUCUGUGAUCAUUCCAGGAAUGAACAUGAAUCAUAAGCGAAUUCCAAUCCGUCCACGAAAUGAACAUGAGAGUCUGCUGUCAAAAUGGCAAAACAAAAAUUUGGAAAACCUCAUUGAGUUGCACAACAAGGCUCCAGUCUGGAAUGAUGAUACUCAAUCCUAUGUUUUGAACUUCCAUGGGAGAGUUACUCAGGCCUCAGUGAAGAACUUCCAGAUUGUCCAUGACAGUGACCCUGACUACAUUGUGAUGCAGUUUGGCCGUGUAGCGGAAGAUGUGUUUACUUUGGACUAUAAUUACCCUCUCUGUGCUCUUCAGGCCUUUGCUAUUGGACUGUCCAGCUUUGAUAGUAAAUUGGCCUGUGAAUGAGAAAUGAGAUUUGAAACAUGGAACUCAUUCUCAUGCCUGCAUCUUUUUGCAAGAGUUCCAGGUGGAGUAAUGAAAAGCACAUCGGGAUGGAAGGGGACUGGACUGCAGAUUUCUGCAGAUUUGGAAAGCAAAGAGCAGGCUUCAGAAGACAGUAGACCCAUCUUGGGAGACUGUCUCCAAGACUGAGCAGUUUCUGUAUACAUUGUGGAAGAACAAUAAAUAUGGGUGAUAUUUUUGUCAUUGAUGUUGAUUCUGCUUUCAGAAUCUAAUGAAUUUAGCCUACUAAUUGGAACCUCUUGCAGCUAGGAUUAGAAAAAUAGUAGUUUAGUGUUCAUAUACCAUGGAACCUUGGCAGUGCCCCUAGAGAUCAUGCUGCUGGGAUGGAUUUUCCCAUCAGAUUACUUCAGAAAAAAACAGAGAAGAGUUACUAGCAUGAGUUCACUUUUGCCCUGUGUAGCAUUUUGCUGUAAUAGCGGUUGUACAUGGAAGGAUUUGGUUAAUGUUCAACAAAUACAGAGCUGGAAUGAGAAAUUUGUUCUGAUAAAACACCUUUACUCUGUGGAAUCAUUCUCUGUUAAGUCCAGUUCCCUUUCACUAUUCCUAAUAUACCUUGACAGUGUUAUUAACAAAUAAAGAACAAUCAAAUCUUAAA